AUGCCGAAACGUACGGUUGAAGAAAAGAUUGAGAAAUACCAGAGAAAAAUUAGGAAGUUAAAUAAACGUGUUAGAAGAAUAGUGACGUCGUCAGAAUCGUCGGACGAAAGUAAAAUGGAGUCAGUGGUAUCGGUUCCGGAAGAUUUACCGGAAAUAGAGAACAAGGAAGCGAUGGAGCUACUUACCAACGACAUACAAGUAUCAAAUUUUCCUGAAUUAGAACCAGAAUUGCUUAGAGCACUAGGAGAGGACAAUAUAGAAGAACCCGAAUAUGGCGAAAGUAUUCAUGAUGAUUUGGCUAAGCGUUGGUUGCCUAUAAUUAAAAAAGGUUUGUCUAAAGAUAUUAAAGAAAAAUUGAACAAGGAAUGCCUUGUCCCAGAAAAUUUUAAGCUUCUCAGGCCAUCAACUUUAAAUACUGAGAUAAUUACAGCUUUAGCAGAGACGGUGAAAUCCCGAGAUAAGAAAUUAAAAACCAAUCAACAGCAGCUCGCUAUGGGCAUAACAGCUGUAAAUAAAGCUUUACACUUGUUGCUGUCAAACGGGAAACGGCUUCAGACCUCGUCCCUCGACGAGCGGGGGAGGGGGACGAGGUGGCCAGAAGAGAACAGCUCCACCUCCACAGCGGCAACCACCGUCGUCAACGGCGAGGUUUUCGUACCAGAGCACGAGCAGGAGUCGUGCCCCAACGAGGCGAUAAUCCAGAGCAUUAGUCGUUGGAUAAAACAGGCGCUUUCUGAAAGUGGCAUUGAUAUUUCUGUGUUCGGGGCCCAUAGUAUGCGACAUGCGUCCACCUCAUCAGCUAAAGCUGCAGGUGUGGGUAUAGAGGCGUCAAAUGAAGCUAUAUACUCAGGUGGUUAUCGUCCCAACGUACGUGAAGAAGCAGCUAAAUACCAAUCGCGGUCGGAUCAUUGGAAGGAAAGAGAGAAAUUCUCAUCUAAAGUUGAUGAUAGAAGAGAAGGUACUAGAAUGCAGAAAUUUGAUAUCCCAAGGGCAUCAGAACAACAAAGAUCAUCCGAACAGGAAUCAAAUCGGUCCAGGUCACCAAAGCGAGAACGCUCUCCAGUACGUGACCGUUACAAACGCCACUCUCCCUCGCCUCGGUCGCCGCGACGCUCUUGGGCUCUAGAAAAACGUAGAAGUCCUGAGAUUCGUGAACCACCACCACCUCCAGUUUGGCCACAAGAAAGAGAAGAAUAUACGCAACAAGUCAGGUCCAAGUUUCCUGACAGAGCAUUAGAGAAAACCGUUCCAGUUUGGGAAACUAGAGAUACAAAACGUGAUGAUUUCCAAAGCAGUGAUGAUCGACGCGAUUUCCCAGAACAAAGGCGUAAGGAGGUUGGGAAAUGGAAACCAAUACCUGGAUCAAGCCCUCCGCCGAACAAAUCAUCCUCAAGAUUCGAAGAACCCAAAAUUACAAGAAAAGAGUUUGAAAAUCGACGUGACUUUGCCCGUGAUGUCGAUAAUCGAAAAGAACAUGAUGAUCGGCAUGAAAAGGAAUAUCCACAUGAGCGUAGCGACAUACGCUUUAAGGCAGCAUUUGAUGCAAAAGAUGAAGUUCCACGCAAAAGGGAUGAAUAUUCGGGUCGUAUUGAAGAAAAAAAGAAAGAGAUCCUACAUAAACAAGAACAAUUGCAAAAGGAAAUCGAUGAAGUUUAUAAAAGAGCUGUGGACUUCGCCAAAAAAGCUGAAAUGUAUAGAAAGGCAGAAAUCAAAGAAGAACCCAAUUAUGAUGAUGGUCGUCAUCGCAAUGACCGUCAAACCCCUAAAGAAAUGCAACGCUUUAAAAGAGAAUCUUAUGAAGAUGAAAGGGAACGUGAAGAUUACCGUCGAGACAAAAAACCUCAAUUCACUCGAGAUGAAGAUACAAAAAAACCCGACUCUGAGGACUUUAAAAGACCACGUCACGGACCUGAAGAUACCCAAAAGGCUCAUAUUUUUAGUGAAAUGAAAGCUAAAAGAAAUAAAGCAAUCGAAGAAAUUUCGGAAAAAAUUAUAACCAAACACGGUAAUUUCUUAUCGGCAGACGUAAAGAAAAGGGUUAUGGAUGAAUUAAAAUGGACCUUGCGUCGUAAGAUACAUGAUAUGUUUGAAGAUAAGGAUGUGUCCUUUAUAGAGAUGGUUGUAAAGUUCAACGCGAGAAAUUCAGCGAAAGACGAAGAAAAAAUGUUCAACGAAGUUAUGUCAAGUUUACCUGUACAUUUUAGGAAUUUAAAACGGUCCACACAAGAUGAUUCUGACGUACCUGCUAAGAGCUCUAGACGUUCUCCUGAACCAAGCACGAAUAAAGAUGUACAGUCUAGAGCGACUGAACAAAAUAGUACGAUUCCAGAUUGGAAUUUUGGUAUGAUACAACAAACAAUACCUAUGACAGCAGAAAUAAAUCAUAUGUCGAUGAUAAAUCCACCUAUAUUGGUACAUCCUGUUAUGCCUCAGUACCCUCAAUAUGUCCCGGUGUACCAGGAGACUUCACAACCGCAAGAAGAAAAGAAAAAAGAUGGUUUCGUUUUGUACUUAUGUAAAGACGAUUUUCAGCCAAUACGUGAACAUGAAACGGAUCUUCUAAAGAACUUUUUAAUCCAACAGCUGAUUAAAGUAACUGAAACAUCGCAAGGAUGGGCGCCAGAUUUCACUUUGAAUAAUAAAAUAAAUUCUUACCGUCACGAAGUUCUGACGCGAGAUGAACGUUCUCAAGAUUGGCUUUUGGGUUUAGAUUUCAGUGAAUUUAAGGAUUUUAAUGUCCUCGUGUAUACUACUGAGGAGUUGUGGUAUGAGAGGGCUGCUAUUUGGUUGCCAGGUCAUUCCAGGUCCAAGCACAUAGAACCAUUAACAAAACUUAAGUUACAGAAUAAGAAGUUAGAAGGCGUCAAUAUAGGUAAGUGGAAAAUCGUGAAGAAGAUUGUAACAGCGAAAGGUACUCGACUGUAUGUAGACAUGCCGCCGUCUUCUGCGCGGGCAUUGGAAAAAUAUAAAAUGCUGUUAAGUUACGAAUUGCAAAAAGUGAGUGUGUUUUUAAAAGCAGUUGCGAUAGAUAAAGACGCCUUUGAUGCUGGUUUGAACGAGACUUCUAUCCCGGCCAUUCCUACUUCGGCAAGUACCCCGAUGCCUUCAGUCGGCCCACAUCCAGAUCUGAUCAAAAUGGCACUAAAAGGAAACAAACCGUUUUCUUUGCCCUUGGCACGGAAAUUAAAAGAUAUAAUAUUGUACAAAUUAUUCAAAUAUCACGAACUAAACGGCUCCAGUAGAACAGAUUUUGUUAAAUAUGGGUGUUGUCAGGGCGGGUUUUUUGGCAUAGUUCCUGAAAAUGAAGAGUCUAAAAGGUGGCUUUGUCAGCUUGACAUGGGUAAAAUUCAACGUCAGCCAGUUAUUAUCGUCGGUGCGGACGGAAUCAAAACUAAAUAUUUUAAAAUGACGAUGAAUUUACCCAGAGAUGUCAACUUGAAUGAGGCAUUGGCCUGCGAACGCAUUCGACACAGCAAUCAAGGAGUUAAAGGGUUGAAUUUUAGUCUUUGGAAAAAUCCGAAAAUUAUUGCUUAUACACAAUAUGGCAAAAAUUACACACGUUUAGAAGUAGAUAUGGAUUUAGAGACAGUGGAAACAUUAUCGAACCUAAACUUUCAGUUAGAUUAUAUCGCAAAAGGCACAAAUUGUGGUAAUCUCACAGUUAAAUCAGGAUACUCAAUGGAAAAGAUACGAGAAAUUAUUGCUAAGUAUAAAGCAGAGAUGAAAGACACCUACGAUGUAGCGAAUAUGGAUAUUUCUACCGAUUCAGACAAUGAAGAUGAUGUUGUAUGUCUUGAU